GCGAGGCGGUUUAAUGUUGCAUGCAAUCUCAUCCCUUUAGUAACCAAAAUUUAAUUCAUUUGAUGGGUUAUACUUACGGAGGGAAGAACAUAAAAAUAUUGUUACAUAUGUUUUAAAUGCAUUUCCUUCUGAAUAUGUUAAGCGUUAGUGAAGCUUAUAGUGGCAAUAUUUCGAACUUUGGAAUAUUAAAUCUAUGACAAAUUACAAAUCAGACCUUUUGUAACAGAGAUAUUGGUUAACUUGCGACAGUUUGAUUUAAGAAGUAAGAAUAAAGCUGAACUAUUUUUCUGUUUUCUGCUACAACAACACAGGAUACAUUGCAAUGCCAAAGUCAUUCCUUGCUGGGAGAAAAUAUGGAAAAGUCCAUCGGAGGAGUUCUUGCAUUGUAUGGAAUAAAAAGCCGUUUACAGAUAAAGAACCGGCUGUGGAAGAAAACUGUUCUUCAUCAUCUGAGCAUGAGAUAAAAGACACAUGUGACAGUUUUGACGAAGUUGAUGGUGAUAUUGCCAAACUACAGACGGAAAGAAAAUUUCACCUUCCGCUUAUAAAAGACAUUGAACAAUACAAUUACAAAAAAGUUAAUAUCAAAGGUAUUCAUAGGAGUGAAAAUGUUACAUUACCAUCUAAACGCGUAUCAAGAACUAUAGACUUUAACGUUGUCACAACAUCUUCAAAGGAAGCAGAUACUCGAAGUGUACCACUUAGCUCUUUAUUUUACGCACCUUCUGUGCCGUUGUCAUUGUCGCCAAUUGCGUCAUUUCCUUUUCGUCAAAAUGAGCUUGCGUCCCCGGAUUCUCCGUUGUCGUCUGGUGUUGUAACUCAGUCAGCAAGUGUUCCAAAUACCCGACAAAUAGUACACUCACCUUAUGCAAAUAAAACAAUAUCUGAUCUGAAAGGCAACGCUUUUAUUUGUAACAAACACUCUGAAUGUAAAAUACAGUCUGAAACAAUAGACUGUAGUGACACAAGUACUGUAGUGAAAACCUCUGAAAAUGUCAUCAGUAAAAACACAUUGCCCAAUACAUAUUUAACAGAAAAUUGUAAAUCGAAUUUUGAGCAGUCUCAAUCAAAGGCGCAAGAUAUUUUACACCAAAGAUCAACAAUGUUUCCUCAUAUUUGGAGACCCAUACCUCAAAUGGCAUCACCAAGUCAACAAAUUGUCUCCUCGACUUUUGGUUUGAAAAGUGCCGAUAAUCAACCUCGUCUAGCUGAGCUCAAACAAAGGAAUUGUGUAUAUACUUUACCUGUCAUACAGACAGAUAAAUCAGCUUCAAUGUUUCAGGCCCCUAAAGUAGAGAAAGUUGAACUUGUAAAUGGGGGUUAUGGUAUUAAAAACCCGCUACUAACUCAAACAGAAUUCAGACACGGACCUAUAGCAUUCCAGCCUGACGAAGAUCGAUUUGUCUGCAAACUGUGUCAGAAAUCAUUUCAUUUACAACGUCUGUUAAACCGUCAUUUAAAAUGUCACAGUGACGUCAAACGUUUUCUAUGCACGUUCUGUGGUAAAGGUUUUAACGACACGUUUGACCUCAAGAGGCAUACAAGAACACAUACAGGUGUACGUCCUUAUAAAUGUGAUAGUUGUGGAAAAUCAUUUACCCAGAGAUGUUCCCUGGAGUCUCACUGUAAAAAGGUCCAUGGCUCAUUGUACCAAUACGGAUAUAAGGAAAGACGAACAAAGCUUUAUGUUUGUGAAGAGUGUGGACAUACUACAAUAGAACCAGGAGAACACUUCAUGCACUUGAAAACUUUCCAUCCAAAAAGUCCUGUUUUACUGAGAUUUUAUGACAAAAGACAAUUUAAAUUUAAUGAGAAUGACUUGUUAGUACCUGAACAAAUUAUUUGUUGAUGACAUUGUAUUGUUUAAGAAAUGCAUUUAAAUUUGCCUUUUCGACAACAUAAAUUGAUUUACUUCAUUGUUAUGUAUUUGUUUCUAAAGUGUUAUAGAUAAAUCGAUAUCAGUUGUGUUCAUCAUGAUAACGGACACUAUUUUUUAUGUUUUUAAUUUGUAUUUUUUAUAAUUGACAACCCCAAAAUAAAAACAGGCAUUAAUCAUGU